AAAGCCCACCUUCCCACUGCCUCAACAUAGAAGUCACGAGACUCACACAGAGUUUGAAAAUUCGAUCCAAAAUCAAAACCCUAGUUUGGCAGAUAUGUCGGGUAGAGGGAAGGGAGGCAAGGGUUUGGGCAAAGGAGGAGCCAAGAGGCACAGGAAGGUGCUGAGGGAUAACAUUCAGGGCAUCACAAAGCCUGCAAUCCGUCGUCUUGCUCGUAGGGGCGGCGUGAAGCGUAUCAGUGGCCUCAUCUAUGAGGAGACACGUGGCGUCCUCAAGAUCUUCCUCGAGAAUGUGAUCCGAGACGCUGUGACCUACACAGAGCACGCCCGGAGGAAGACGGUGACCGCCAUGGAUGUCGUCUAUGCUCUCAAGAGGCAGGGCAGGACUCUGUACGGGUUUGGUGGUUAGGAUUUUUAGGGUUUCGAAUUGGGAAUUGUAAAGGGGUUAAUUGGUGUUGUGGUUGUUGGGUAGUUAGGAAGCGGUUGCUUGAAGUUGAUGUACUUCUAGGUUGAUUAUGAAAUGAAAAUCUACUUGUUUUCUCAA